AUCUGGCUCUAGACGAUGUGCGACAGACAGCGCUUUAUCUUGGUGAUGUUCCUAUCACAUGCGCAGCCACGCACAACUGGCCCAGCGACUUCACGGACGUUGCAGCGGAGGGCGGCACGGGAUACGGUGUGGGCAAGAGCGUACGAAUCAACGACCUGUUCGAGAUCACGCAUACCUUGCACUACAUCCGCCUGAAUAUAAAGACAAAAUCGCUGUUGCGCCUGUAUCUUUAUGGCAACUUAUAUUACAGGCUAGAAUGUUCAUGUUGUUUUCCGUCUUCCCCAUGAUCAUGUUGUUGGACUAUCAAGUCGAAUUUGGAAGACCAUUACUCAACAGUGCUGACAAAGGCGAAUCAAUAGAAAUGAUUCGACACCUCUAGUUAGAAGUAUUCUUGGCCAGCUCUAACACCAAGCCCCAGAAUCUGGUGCCGUCGGAAUUGUUACUGCCGAUUUCGUGAAAUUGCAGACCGAUGUGCCUGAUGGCCCUGUCACUGAGAUCGAUGCCGAUGGCUUUCCACCUGUGGAGGCGGUAAUCUUACCGUUUGGAAACCGGCAGAGGAUGCUUGCCGCGGAAAUCAACACUCCGGGAAUGUACGUAGUACGCAUUAAAACGCCUUUUCUGCCAGUCGGAG